AUGGCCCGAGGACCCAAGAAGCAUCUCAAGCGACUCGCAGCUCCCUCCCACUGGAUGCUGGACAAGCUGUCCGGCACCUACGCUCCCCGAUCGUCUGCCGGUCCCCACAAGCUGCGAGAGUCUCUGCCUCUCGUCAUCUUCCUGCGAAACCGUCUCAAGUACGCCCUGAACGGCCGAGAGGUUAACGCCAUUCUCAUGCAGCGACUGGUCAAGGUCGACGGCAAGGUCCGAACCGACUCCACUUUCCCCGCUGGCUUCAUGGAUGUCAUCCAGCUCGAGAAGACCGGCGAGAACUUCCGACUUGUCUACGACGUCAAGGGCCGAUUUGCCGUCCACCGAAUCACCGAUGAGGAGGCUGCUUACAAGCUCGGCAAGGUCAAGCGAGUCCAGGUUGGCAAGAAGGGUAUCCCCUACCUCGUCACCCACGACGGCCGAACCAUCCGGUACCCCGACCCUCUCAUCAAGGUCAACGACACCGUCAAGAUCGACCUGGCCACCGGCAAGAUCACCUCUUUCGUCAAGUUUGAGAACGGUAACAUUGUCAUGACCACCGGAGGUCGAAACAUGGGCCGAGUCGGCACCAUCACCCACCGAGAGCGACAUGAGGGUGGCUUCGAUAUCGUCCACAUCAAGGACGCUCUUGACAACCAGUUUGUUACCCGACUCACUAACGUUUUCGUUAUCGGUGAGGGCAACAAGUCUCUCAUCUCUCUGCCCAAGGGCAAGGGUAUCAAGCUCUCCAUUGCUGAGGAGCGAGAUGCCCGACGAGCCAAGCAGGAGUAA